UCAUGUCUAAAUCCUUCCUUCUGAGAAUACCGGAAACUGUGUACUAACAAAUAAUGGCUAGGACAGAUAUCUAAAUGAAAGACUGGUCAAAAUUUGUAGACUAGCACCGCCUGUCUCCGGGCCCGGGUCUCCGAGGAGGCUGGCACUCUUGUCUUCUUUGGCUUUUUAUUGUAGUGAUCUUCAUCCCGCAGGGUCUGGUCUGGUCUAGUGGCUUCAGAAAAGCAUCGCCCGCACUUUGACGAACCCUGUCGUGCCACGCGCUCUCCCACUCUGGAAAAGGCGCCAAGUUUGAAUUUUGAGGUGAAGUUUUACCCCACCUAGUGGACACUUGUAAAAGUACAAUACCCCAGGUUGGUGGUGAUUCAAGUGAGAUAUCACAGUUUGCUAUUUUUAGGACGGGAGUGAAGGUUUACUAAAUCAAUGAAAAUAGACACAUAACAACGCUCUAUUACAUGGUUACUGGUCUUACUCGCCAUGGCUUCCAAGGCAGCACCAAAGGUCGACCAGUUUAAGUUGGGGCCAUGGACAUUCACAUCCUCCAAAAGCCACAUCUUGGUUUCUGGGGGACCAAGAAGGGAACAAUUUGAAGCGAGUUUAAGACUACCCCAACUUCCUGAGAUGAUAUUUGAUAAGAACAUCCUGAGGGUAGAGCACCAGUCUGGUUUUGGCAUGGAGUUCAAUGCCCUUGAUGCACUGAAGCGGGUUGACCCAGAACAUGACUUGAUGAAGGUGGCGGUGGCACAACAAUGGGCCGAGUCUAGGUCCGACUGUGAGCAUAUCAAAGAUGUUAUCAAGCCAUUUGAUUGGACGUACACCACAGACUAUCAGGGCACUUUGUUUGGUACUGAAGGCAAUGAAAUAAAGUGUUUUGCUUCAGACGAACGAAUUGACAUAGAAAAAUUGAAAGUAAAGGAACAGAUUUUAUAUUAUGCAGAUUUACUUCUUUUUGAAGAUGAACUGGCAGACAAUGGAAGCUCGACACUAAAUGUGAAGAUGCGUGUGAUGAGCAGUGGUUUCUUCAUCCUCUUACGGUUUUAUUUACGCGUCGACAACGUACUGAUAAGACUCUGCGAUACUCGUAUUCAUCACGAGUUUGAUAAGUGUCACUUCUUACGGGAGUAUACAGUCAAAGAAAUCCUGUUCAAAGACUUACCAGUUCCACACCAACUUUACAAUGACCCCAAUGAGAUUGCACCCUACCUUAAACUGAAGGAGGAACGCUACGAGAGAUUACAACUUCCCCAAUCACACAUGCAGUAUUUGUACCCAGAUAUGGACUUGGCACCACGGUGAAACUUGGAGCUAGUAUUACAAGAAGUGUUGAACAAUCACAGACUGUAAUGGCUCAAGCAGAGCUAUGUGCUUUGACCUCAGGAUCCAUUCUCAUACUGCGUGUUAGGACUUCUUGAUAAAAGGAUGUCUUGGAACUGGUAAAUGUUGUCUUAUCUAGAGGUAUCCUUGUAUGACUUUGACUGUCGCUGCAAUGUCCUGGCCGUGAAAUGUAGUGUCUAGGAGACAUUUUAUUGUUUGUGACAUGUUCUCACUGUGUUUUGAACACUCAUGUAAUAUAGUCAUGAAUGUAUUGAUGCACACAUUGUAAACUUGGUAAUGUUUGUGACCGUUUUAUUUUUGUGAUUUGGCAACUCUUAGUGCAUUACAUGUAAUGAGAGGUAGUCAUAUAAUCGAUGAUUCCAGCAGAAUGAACCUUUACUAUGUUCAUACCAUUUGAUCACCACUGUGCAUGAUAGAUCAGAUGAUGUAGAGAAAUCAUGCAAGAUGUAAAUUUCAGAUUUCAAUCAAGUUGAUCAUGUUGAUAAAAACGUUUCCUAAGAAUACUUGGGAUGUCUCAAAUGCAUUUUUUUAUAAUUUAGGGUCAUUGUGGUGUCUUUCACAGAUAUGUUGUGCUGUUUAUAUACAUGCAUGUGCUAUGAUACAGAUGUAACAGAUAUUGUGGUUGUGCCAAUCUUGCUAGAUACUUGUCAAGUCUAUUGCCUUUACCAGCAUGAUUGAAAAAAGUCCCAAGUAAGGACAAAGCACCCCUUCCCUGCAUUUUGAAUUUGGGAAAUUUUUGAAUUUCCGAAUCAAUCAAUCAAUCAAUCAAUCAAUUAAAAUAUUUAUAUAGCGCCUGAUUCGAGGAAACAAUUUCCUCGACUCUCAGGCGCUGAAAUAUUAGAGAAACUUGUCUUUUCAACCUUCCUGUAUGUGUAUGAGCAUUUUGUUUGCUAGUUUAUUGUAUUUAGAGCCUGUCUUACAGUUUGUGCCACGUCUUGGAAAAGACAGUCAAAUGUAAUUACACGUACAUGUAAAUAUAAUGAUAGGACAUACACUGAAUAAAUGCACCUUUCAUUU